AUGCCGCCGCACUCGGGGGGGUUAUCAAGAGAGAGCCCCCCCAGCCCGUCAGCAGCAGCAGCAGCAGCAGCAACUGCAGCAGCAGAUGAAGCAGAAGCUCCAUCUGCUGCUGCCUCUUUGGCCGAAGAUGAAGACGACUUCGAAGAUCUAGAAGAUGAUCUAGAAGAAGAAGGAGCAGCAGCAGCAGCAGCAGCAGCAGCAGCAGCAUCAGCAGCAGACAAGGCUGCUGCCUCCCCUCUUGAUAUUGCUGCUGAGGGGGAAGACGCGGAUCCAGACGCAGCAGCAGCGACAGCAGCAGAUUCAGAAGCAGAAGCAGAAGCAGCAGCUGCUGCAGCAGCUGCUGCUGCUGCUGCGGGUGGCAGUGGCUGCUCGCUGGACGCAGCUCUUGGCUUGGGGGAGGAGGCGCUGCUGCUUAAUGACGAGCAGCAGCAAGAUGCAGACGGAGAGCAGCAGCAGCAGCAGCAGGGGCACCAGAAGGGGGAGCAGCAGCAGCGGCAGACAUCCCCGUGGGCUGAUUGCAACAUCGAUGGUGAGGCAGUCGGCAGCAGCAGCAGCACAGAAGCACAAGCAGCACCAACGGCAGCUACAAAAGCAGCAGCAACAGCCGAAGAAACAGCAGCAGCAGCAGCAGCAACAGCAGCAGAGAGGAAGGCGAGAGCUGCAUGCAUAAAAAGGGCACAAGACUUAGAGAAGAUUUGGCUAUUAGGUUGGGCAGCAUGGCUGCAGAACCUAAGCAACACAGUUAUUCAGGGCAACAGCAGCAGCAGCAGCAGCAGCAGCAGAGGCAGCAGUAGCUAUAGGUGUACACCGUUGCUGCAGGCAGCAUGCCUUUCUUCAUAUAUUGCCUUUUGCAGCAAGGCUCAACAGCAGCAGCAGCAACAGCAGCAGCAGCAGCAAGUGUCUACAGCGCAGCAAAGCCGCCGUGCGCUGCAGCAGCACUUACGGAAGCUGCAGCAGCAAGUGUGCCAGGCUAAAGCAGCAGCAGCAGCAGCAGAAGCUGCUGUUGCCGCUGCUGCAGCUGCUGCAGAAAGUGAUGAAGCAACAAGCACAGCAACAAAACGAGGAGACCGAGGCAAAUGCGAAGAUGCACCAGCAGCAGCAGCAGCAGCAGCAGCAAAGCCAGGACAACCUACUGCACCUGCUGCUGCUGCUGCUGCAGACGACGAUUACUACACUCCUUCUGAUGGUUUUGCUGCCUUUUGCUUCGUUGCUUCCUUCCAUUUGCUGCCCGACGGCCGCCUGCAGCACCCCUUCUUUGCUGCCUCGGUACCUCCUGCUUCUGCUGCUGCUGCUGCUGCUGCUGCAGUCCGCAGGGCGCAGCAAGCGCACCAGCAGGAAAAGCAGGCUGCUGCUGCAGCUGCUGCUGCAUCCCUCUCCGUUAAAGAGAUUGCUGCAGCAGAAUCCGCCUCAGAAGCAGCAGCUGCUGCAGUUCUAGCUAGCAUGCGUCGCUCUUACCAGCAGCAGCAGCAGCAGCAGCAGCGACAGCAGCAGCAGCAUCAACAUCGUAUGCAGCAGGAUGGCGACAAUUGUCACACCGUCAAGAGUGAGGACCCCAGCACCGCCACCACCAACAUCUGCAACAGCAGCAACAGCAUCACCAACAGCAGCAGCAACAGCAGCAGCAGCAGCAGCAGGGAGCGUAUAUCCUUAUUACCUGUUUCCUUACCAAUAAUAUGCUCACGUACUUUUCCUUCUUUUUUUGGUUUUUCUUCUCUUCUUUGCCGAUCAUUAAAUUCUCUUUACUCCUUUAAAGCAUCUAGUGCCCUCCAAGCACUCCUCUUCGUAUCCCUCUGCCGCGCCUUAGACAUUAACGCCCGCCUGGUGGUGCUGCUGCCCCCUGCAGGGCUCCGCAUACCCAAGAGUGAACGUGACAGCGCCUGCGUGUCUCCACCUCCUCGCUGCCUAGUUCGUCUCUUUGAAGCAGCAGGGCUACCAGUGCCACCGUUUGCGUCUGCUGCAGCAGAUGCAGCAACAGCAGCAGCAGGAGGAGAUCCGCAGACGAAGCAAGCGCAUGCAAGGAAGAGGCAUAAAUCUGCUGCAGCAGAUAUGCGCCAGGAGCUGCUGCUGCGAGCUUGCCCUUACGAUUGUCUAUUCUCUCGUAAGCAACCCAAAGCAACAGCAGCAGCAGCAGCAGGAGCAGCAGCGGCAACAGGCGCAGCAGGUGCAGCAGCAGCAGCCCCCACCUUAGUCACCGCCUCUGGCCGCAUGCGUGCUCCCCCCACAAGGUUGCUGCCGCACAGGCGGCAGCUGCACAUGCAAGGGGAAGGCGCAGCAGCAGCAGUAGCAUCACCGCUAGCAGCUCAGGAGCUGGUGCCGCCGCUGUCUCGACAGGAGCAGCUGCUGCUGCUGCAGCAGCACACGCCGCUGCAGAUAUGGGCAGAAUUCUUUUGCAUGCAACAACAGCGAUGGAUAGCUUGUGUCUUUAAGGGCCCCCUUAACUCUAUAUAUGAUGCAGCAGCAGUAUUAGCAGGACGUAAACAGCCAAUACCUGCUGUUGCUGCUGCUCCUGCUGCGGUUGCUCCGGCGGCAGCAGCAACACGAGGGGAUGGGGCUACGCAUGCAGCAGAAGCAGCAGCACAAGAAGCACUGCAGCAGCUCUUUCUUAAGCGCUGCUGCACAUUGCAACAGCAGCAACUCAAGGAGCUCAAGGCUCUAGAAGAAAGAAAGAAGCAACAGCUGCUGGCUCUGCAGCAGCAGCAAGAGAAAGCUGCUGCAGCAAAACAAGCUGCCCGCUCCCUAGCUAGCGGGCUGUUGCUGACUGCUAAGCCCUAUCGCCGCUCUGCUUCGCGACGCAGCAACAGCAGCAGCAGUAGCAGCAACAGCAGCAGUAGUAGCAACAGCAGCAGCAGCAACAGCAGUAGCAGCAGCAGCAGCAGCAGCAGCAGCAGUGAAUCUGAGGCCGAGAAAGAUGUUGCAUCGGGAAGGCCCCAGAAGGUAGACACUUCCGAGAGCACAACCGCCAGAGGGAAAACAGCAGCAGCAGCAGCCACAGCAGGUGCUGCUGCUGCUGCUGCUGCAGUAAAACGAGCAGCACUACGUCCUGCUGCUCUCUUAGGGUUAAGACGCCCUCUCUACUGGGAGGCCGGGCGAUGGCGCAUUCUUUUCUUAGGGCCUGAUCACUUAACCCUUUUUGUGUCUCCGCAGCAGCAGCAGCAGCAGCAAAAGCAAGAGCAGCAGCGUGUGCUGCGGUCUCCCUUGCUGCGAACGUUGCUGUGGCGCUUCCACGAUAAUAUCGCUCACCCUCCGCAGCAGCUGCAGCAGCUGUUGCUGGAUGUAACAGAAGCAGCAGAAGCUGUGCAGCCUGAAAGCAGCAGCAGCAGCAACAGCAGCAGCAGCAGCAGCAGCAGCAGCAGCAGUAGGCGUGAUACCACAGCGGCUCCGCAUGAAAUGGCUGAGGAGGCGGCGCGUAUUGCCGAUGAAUUUGCUGCAGCUUGGAAGCAGAGCAGCAGCAGCAGCGGCAGGAAGCGGGGCCUAGCACAGUCUGUAGGACGUCCAGACACUGCUGGUCGGGGCAGCAGCAGCAACAGCAGCAACACUAGCAGCGCCAGCAGCAAGCGCAGACUUGCAGGGCUGAAUAGCGGUGGCGAGCUAUUGGGUUUGGAUUUCCUUCGUGCCCGCAGGCAGGCAAGGGGAGGCCUGCUGCACCGGCAUCGUUCUCCGCAGCAGCAGCAGCAACCCAUUAAGCAGCAGCAGCAUCAACAGCAACAGCAAAACAUGCCACAGACGCUCCCUGCUGUCUCUUCUGCUUCCUGUGUGGGGCCUGAACAAGACCCUGUGCAGCAGCUUGCAUCAGACCCCUCCAUCAUCGAAAAGACUGAGCAACAGCAGCAACAGCAUCAGCAUCAGCAGCAGCAGCAGCAGCAGGCCGUGUGUGCGUUGGAGCAGCAAGGCCGUGCUGCAGUUCGUUUUAUAUUGGCGGUCGAGGCAACAGGAGAGCUUCGCGAUGUCACUCACAGAUAUGUCAAGAGCUGGCAGCAAGUGCUGCAGCAACGCGGCAAUCGGCUGCAUCAGUGGUGGGAGAGUGAAGGUGUGCGUAAGUCGCUGCGACGUGUUGGCCCUGCAGCAGCAGCAGCAGCAGCUGGUGCAGCAACAGCCCCAGCAGGAGAGCGUUCUCCUUGUGGAGAGGGGGCAGGUGGGGAUAAGGAAGAGACGGCAGCAGGAGCAACAGCAGCAGCGAAGCUUACGGAGGAGGAGCAGCAGAAGCAGCAGGAAAAGGAGCGACAGCAGCAAAUAGCAGCAGCAGAGGAAGCAGAGAGACAACGUCUAUUAGCUAAUGAGCCUCUACCUACCUCUCGUAGAGGAUUCAUAGACAGCCCCAAAUUUGUACUACGCAGCCUG